AUGAGACAAAUCUAUGAGCGUCUUCCAGAACACGGCGAUGACGGAAAUGCCAGUGCCACGAGGCUUUCAGCGCACACGAGCGUGCAUCUGGCAACAACCACGCUGCAGGUCGGCGGCAUGACAUGCGGUUCCUGCACAUCGGCCGUGGGAUCCGGCUUCAAAGGCGUCGACGGCGUUGGAACAGUCUCCAUCAGCCUCGUAAUGGAGCGCGCCGUGGUUACGCAUGACCCAGAGAUUAUACCGGCCGAGAAAAUACCGGAGAUCAUCGAAGACCGUGGAUUUGAUGCUGAGGUUCUAUCGAUCCAUCGUUCCAACCCCGCGACUACUCAAUUGAACGGCCAUUUGUCUGACCAGAACCCUGCGAUUGCGAGCGAAACCGAGUCUGUGAUGACUACUGCGACAACCACUUUCGCCAUUGAGGGCAUGACUUGUGGCUCCUGCACAUCCGCCGUUGAAGCCGGCUUCAAUGGCGUGGCUGGCGUGCUCAAGUUCAACAUUAGCCUUUUGGCGGAACGAGCUGUUAUCACUUAUGACGAGACGAAGAUUUCGGCGGAGAAGAUUGCCGAGAUUAUCGACGAUCGCGGAUUUGAUGUCACUAUUCUGUCGACGCAGCGCGACUCGUUCCAUCAGGGAGGAGACACGACUACCGCUCAGUUCAAGGUCUUUGGCUGCAACGAUGCGACUUCUGCCCAGAAUCUGGAGGAAGGCCUCACAGCAGCCCAGGGCAUACGGUCCGCAUCUAUCAGCCUCAGAACGAACCGCUUGAUAGUCGUCUACCAGCCCAGGACUAUAGGGCUGCGUGGCAUCGUUGAGACAAUAGAGGCGCAAGGCUUAAAUGCCCUCGUUGCAAGUGGCGAGGAUAACAACGCGCAGCUUGAGUCUCUGGCCAAAACGCGUGAGAUUACGGAGUGGCGGACAGCGUUCAGGACGUCACUUGCCUUCGCGAUCCCCGUUCUGUUCAUCGGCAUGAUUAUUCCGAUGGCAUUCCCAGUGAUCGACAUUGGACGUUUUGAACUUAUACCCGGUCUAUUCCUGGGUGACAUUGUAUGUCUCGUUCUCACUCUGCCUGUUCAAUUCGGGAUUGGCAAGAGGUUCUACAUUACUGGGUACAAAUCCCUUAAACAUAGGUCACCAACAAUGGAUGUUCUCGUUGUUCUCGGCACAUCAUGUGCCUUCGUUUUCAGCGUCUUCUCCAUGCUCAUCUCGGUCCUCCUUGAGCCACAUUCUAAACCUUCCACGAUCUUCGACACAUGCACCAUGCUCAUCACGUUCAUUACACUGUCUCGGUGGCUUGAGAACCGGGCCAAAGGUCAGACUUCUAAGGCACUGUCUCGUCUUAUGUCAUUAGCUCCCUCCACAGCUACCAUUUAUACUGAUCCCAUCGCCGUGGAAAAGGCAGCUGAGAGCUGGGCAAAGUCGUCUGACGAGUCUCCAACGCCUAAGCCAUCACGGACUCAUGAACCUGGGGCCUCUGCUUGGGAGGAAAAGACAAUCCCAACAGAGCUACUUGAGGUUGAUGACAUUGUAGUCAUCCGGCCUGGAGACAAGAUUCCAGCAGACGGCAUUCUGGUCCGAGGCACUACAUAUGUUGACGAAAGUAUGGUUACUGGAGAAGCCAUGCCUGUCCAGAAGCACGUUGGUGAUAGCAUUGUCGCCGGCACUGUCAACGGCGAUGGGCGCGUCGAUGUCCGUGUUACUCGGGCUGGACAUGACACCCAGCUAAGUCAGAUUGUCAAGCUAGUGCAAGACGCGCAAACUGCCCGUGCUCCCAUUCAGCAGCUGGUUGAUACAAUAGCCGGCUACUUUGUCCCCGUGAUUCUUAUCCUCGGUCUCGGUACGUUCCUUGUGUGGAUGGUCCUAUGUCAUGUUUUAUCCCAUCCGCCGGAGAUCUUCCUAGAAGAUAAUAGUGGCGGCAGAGUCGUAGUCUGCGUUAAGCUGUGUAUCUCCGUCAUUGUCUUUGCUUGUCCGUGUGCUCUUGGACUAGCUACACCCACGGCCGUGAUGGUUGGCACUGGAGUCGGUGCAGAAAACGGAAUCCUGAUCAAGGGAGGGGCUGUCCUGGAACGUAUAACCAAGGUCACGCAGGUUGUCCUCGACAAAACCGGCACAAUUACCUACGGUAAGAUGAGUGUUGCCAGCAUCGGUCUCGUCCCGCAAUGGACAAGAAGCGAGGUCACUCAACGACUGUGGUGGUCCAUCGUCGGCUUAGCAGAGAUGGGCAGUGAACAUCCUAUAGGCAAGGCUAUACUCGGGGCUGCAAAGAACGAGCUAGGCAUGUCGCCCGAAGGAACCAUUGAUGGUAGCGUCGGAGACUUCAAAGCAGUCGUGGGCAAGGGCGUCAGUGUAACUGUCGAGCCAGCUACCACCAACAGGUCACGAUACUUGGUACUGGUUGGCAACCUCAUAUUCUUGCAAGAUAAUGGUAUCAAUGUCCCGGAGGAUGCUGUCGAGGCCGCAGAGAAGCUCAAUCUGUCAGCUGGGGCCGGCGCAUCGGGGGCCAAGGGCAAUGCUCACAGUGCUGGAACCACCAACAUUUUCGUCGCCAUUGACGGCCUUUACACUGGCCAUCUAUGCCUCUCCGACACAAUUAAAGAGGAUGCUGCGGCAACUAUAUCGGUCCUGCACCGCAUGGGAAUAAAGACCGCCAUAGUCACCGGCGACCAACGGUCUACCGCACUCGCCGUCGCCUCUGCCGUGGGCAUCGACGUCAACAAUGUUUACGCUGGCGUUAACCCUGAUCAGAAGCAAGCUAUCGUACGAGAGUUCCAGGACAGCGGUGAGGUUGUCGGCAUGAUCGGCGACGGCAUUAAUGACUCACCGGCACUCGUCACGGCCGACGUGGGCAUCGCUAUGGCAAGCGGAACAGAUGUCGCAAUGGAGGCGGCGGAUAUGGUACUCAUGAGGCCCACAGAGCUUAUGAUCAUACCAUCAUCACUGGCGCUUACGCGUACUAUCUUCCGUCGUAUCAAGAUAAACCUCGGAUGGGCAUGCAUCUACAACGCUAUUGGCCUCCCGAUUGCGAUGGGCUUCUUCCUUCCGUUCGGGCUGAGCGUCCAUCCUAUAAUGGCGAGUCUUGCGAUGGCCUUUAGCAGUGUGACGGUGGUGGUCAGUAGCCUGAUGCUUAACUCCUGGACAAGGCCUGUUUGGAUGGACGAGAUGGCAAAGAACGGCGGCAUUGAGCCCAGGGUAGAGACGUGGAAAUGGGGAAGUGGCAUCGUCGGCUGGGUAAGGGAAGUGAUAGGACGCAGAGGCAAGGUUGCAGAAGUUGGGUAUGUGCCAUUACAGGACAUGGAAGGAUGA